AUGGCUUUCAGAUCAGAGGAGGAUCUCUGCUGUCCGGUCUGUCAGGAUAUCUUUGUAGAUCCUGUCGUUUUGUCAUGUAGUCACAGCUUUUGUAAAGACUGUCUGCAGAGCUGGUGGACAGAGAGACCAACUCAAGAGUGUCCAAUUUGUAAGAGGAGAUCUUCAAGAACAUAUCCACCCUGUAACCUGGUCUUGAAGAACCUAUGUGAGUCAUUCUUACUGGAGAGAGAUCAGAGACCUUCAGAGGAUCUCUGCAGUCUGCACUCUGAGAAACUCAAGCUCUUCUGUCUGGACCAUCAGCAGCCAGUGUGUCUGGUCUGCAGAGAUUCAGAAAAACACACCAACCACAGAUUCAGACCCAUCGUUGAAGCUGCUGGAGAACACAAGAAGAAACUUCAGGAAACUCUUCAACCCCUAAAAGAGAAGUUAAAUGUUUUUAAGGACGGUAAAACAAAGUUUGAACAAGCUGCAGAGCACAAUCAGGUCCAGUGCCGACACACAGAGAGGCAGAUUAAGCAGCAGUUCAAGAAGCUUCACCAGUUUCUAGAGGAGGAAGAGGAGGCCAGGCUGUCAGCACUGAGGGAGGAAGAGGAGCAGAAGAGUCAGAGGAUGAAGGAGCAGAUGGAGGCUCUGAGCAGAGACAUAGCAGCUCUUUCAGACACAAUCAGAGUCACAGAGGACCAGCUGAGAGCUGAAGAUGUCUCAUUCCUGAAAAACUACAAGGCUGCAGUGGAAAGAGUCCAGCAGCGCCCCCAGCUGGAGGAUCCACAGCUGCCCUCAGGAGCUCUGAUAGACCAGGCCAAACACCUGGGUAACCUGAGCUUCAACAUCUGGACCAAGAUGAAGGACAUGGUCUCCUACAGUCCUGUGAUCCUGGACCCAAACACUGCUGGUAGUAAGCUCACACUGUAUAGUGACCUGACUUGUGUGUGUCAAGGAGAAGAACACCAGCUUCCUGAUAACCCAGAGAGGUUUGAUUUUCCACUAUCUGUCCUAGGCUCUGAGGGCUUGGGCUCAGGGACCCACAGCUGGAUUGUUGAGGUAGGAGAUUUUGCACAGUGGUCUCUGGGUGUUGUAGCAGAGUCUUCAAAGAGGAAGGGAAAUACAAGUUCCAGGUUCUGGGGACUUAAAUACAUUUAUUCUGUAUUCACAGCAGUUACACCAACAGAUGCCUCUUUUCCUCUCUCAUUUUAUGAUGAAUUCCAGAGGAUCGAAGUGUAUCUGAAUUGUGACAGAGAGCUGUCGUUCUACGAUCCAGAUACUAACAAAUGUAUAUGGUCCUUCCCAAACACUUUCACUGAGAGGGUGUUUCCAUACUUUUGUAUUUAUGAUAACCUGGAGCUUUUACCACAGAAGGUGUGGGUAAGCGUGGGAAAGCAAAGGCGGAAAUGAACACUAUUAAUUUGACCUCAUUAUUGUUUGGUCCACAAAGGGAAGCCUGCCCACAGACUUUUUAAACAUCAUUCCAUUCAUUGAUUUUGAAGCUGAUGUGUGGGGAAUUUGGCAAUAUUUUGUUUUUGUGCUGUUUAAAUCAGUCUGUUUUACUUAGCUGUUUUGUUAAUUACCUGGCUGAAUUGACAACUGAAUUGUGAUUGGUCAAAACCCCUUGACAACUCCUUCACAACAGCCGUUAACUCUGUAUAGCAAAAGCAAAGCCAGAGAUAACCAGGUCAUGUUUUAUCAAUUAGCAGAAAAGUCUUCUGGCACAUUUUAAUUCUGCUUGUUGACAAGUUUGGAGUUUUUUUUGUUAACACGCCAGCUUGUUCAGCAAAACAACAUGAAUACUUUGGUACUGGAUCCUGUCCUGCAAUCCAUGUUCUGGCAACAUAGCUAGUAAGAGCACCUCCAUGUUGCAGAUGCCUCCAACUGAAACAUGAGCCAUAUUAAUGACAGCAACAAUGGUCAAAGUUGGAAGAAAAAGAGUGUUAUUGUUGUGUCCAAAUUAAGAAAAAAUGAUGUUAAUAGAAUUUUUGUUGUUGAAAAGCUGACAAAAUGAGGAUUAUACUUAUCAUUCUUCACAGGGGCCUCUUGUCCUUGAAGGCCAUGUUUUUAUCUGGGGUGAGAAGAGAAGAGGGGGGUGUUUUAAUGUAGUAUCUGACUGCUAGAUCUCCCUGAUUAAUCCUAUUAUGACACACUGUAGCUUUUAAACAAAAUUGUGGCAGCCAUAGCCAUUCCUUUUAGUUACCAAAAUCACAAAAAUCCAUCUUUUUCAUCAUCACAUUGUACUCUUCUUAAUAAUGUCAUUACAUUAUGCUUUGUAUAGCUUAAUUCUGCAUUAAAACUUGUGUAACCAUCAAGUUGCUGUCAGAAGUCAUUUUUGCAUGAAGCUGCUCGGUAAAAACAGUGUUUAUUUUGCGUGUAUUUAAAUCUGAGAUCGCCACAUAAUCCGAUUUUCCGCUAGAAAAAGGACUGUGAUGUUCAGAAUGACUGUUUCUGUGUCUGAUAAGAGUUUCAAAUCCUUUACACUCUCCUCUACGAAUAACGAUGUCUUAAGUUCUUCUAGAUAUGUUCAAAUAAGGUUUAAGGUGUAAAAAAAAAAUAGUUCAAGUUUCUGGACUCAGAACUGCUUUAAAAAUAAUCUUGGGGUAGGAAAGCUGUAUGGAUGUACCAAUCCAAUGUUUGGAUUGGAUAUUGGCUCUGACAUUGACAAAUUAACUGGAUCGAAUAACUGAUGAAUAACAACGAUCCAGCGUUCUGAUCCAGUCUUUUUUUUCUUUUAAUUAAUUUUUCUUUUAAUACAUGGAAGUCUUACUUCUUUUUGCUGUGUGCUAAUGUACAAUUUGUUAUUGUUAUCAGACUGAGUUGGAAAAAAUGGAUCGAUGCAUUUAUAGUGAGCUGCAUAAAGUUUGGAAAGAUUUUCCCUACCCAGUCCUUAAACCAUGAACAGAGUAAGAUAAAAAAAAAAAUCUUUAUUUAAAAAUAGAGCAGACAACAAUUACAAAGGAGAGUAAAUAUAUUACCUCAGAGUGAACUGUGGUCUAUAUAAAUAUUACCUUACAGAGGCAACAUGAGGAACUGUGCAAUCAGUGAAACUUAGAAAAAGCUAAAACCUUUUGGACUAGCCAGAUAAAGAUCUUCUUGGUAAAUCUAUGCAGGUGUUGCAAAAGCAGUAUUUACGAUGUAAAUAAGUGCAUUUUUUUAUCUCUUUUUUCCUUCUUCUUCAAUAACAUCCUUUUUUAACAGUAACUGCAUGUAUUGCAGUCUGUCUGUAAGGCACUGUAUUGCUGUAUUCUGCCAUAUAGCAGAAAGUGCAGUUAAUGUGUUCCUGCUUUGUAAGACAAUAUUGUAGCCUUACUCUCUUAAUUUAACUCACUCAAAUACGCACGCCUACACACAAACACACACACACACACACACACACACACACACACACACACACACACACACACACACACACACAGAAAGCUGACUGACAUAAACAAAUCAACGGAGGCCUCACACAGGGCACCAUAAAUUUGAUUUCAUGUUAGCCAGUUGGUUAUUUACUUAAACGUGGGUAAUUAUUGGAGUUGACAACAAAUUUUUGUCAGAUUAGUAUUAGAUUAUCCUGAGUACCACACUGUAAUCAAAAACCAAUCAUCAUAGAGGGCAUAUCUGGUGUCAUUAAUUCACUUGAAAGGUGUAAAAAGCAGAUGAGGCCUAAAGAAUUAACACAAGAGUAUCUUGGGCUUUGCAUGGCUCACUUCCUAAGAUUGGGUUGAGAGAGCACAGCCAUGUCUCCAUGCUGCCUGCACCUCACCAGGGUGUUGCAGGUAAGAGAAUGCAUGUAUGCGGAAGCUACAGGGGUGAAAAAAAGAAAGAAAGAAAUGCCCAAAGUGGCAGGCAGAUAAGAUCAGGUGAAACCUGUUGAGCAGGAAAAGAAUGGGUUAGAAAUGCUGGUGGAAUGAGAACAUUGUGAUCAAGUAACAGCAUUUAUCACAAGAUGCCCGAAAGAGCUCUACCCCUCGUCUGAUUUACCAGAGAUAAACCUGAGUACAGUAUAUAACUGUCCGUCACUGAAAAGAGACACAUAGAAAAGAGAGACUGGCAACCAGACUCAGCUCCAAAAAAAAGGAAAGGUUUGUUUGAGUGAAACUACAGAAACGGACAACUACAACACUGCUGCUUUAACCUGCUGGAACUCCACACACUGAAGGUAAGUUUGCCGACAAACACAACAAUGACUUAAAACGAAUAACAGGGACAAAGAGAGAGAGGGAGAGGCCAUGACUGAUGGUUCUGUCUGCUGUUUUCACUCAGAGACUAAAUGGCUUUCAGAUCAGAGGAGGAUCUCUGCUGUCCGGUCUGUCAGGAUAUCUUUGUAGAUCCUGUCGUUUUGUCAUGUAGCCACAGCUUUUGUAAAGACUGUCUGCAGAGCUGGUGGAGAGAGAGACCAACUCAAGAGUGUCCGGUUUGUAAGAGGAGAUCUUCAAAGGAAUAUCCACCCUGUAACCUGGUCUUGAAGAACCUGUGUGAGUCUUUCUUACUGGAGAGAGAUCAGAGACCGUCAGAGGAUCUCUGCAGUCUGCACUCUGAGAAACUCAAGCUUUUCUGUCUGGACCAUCAGCAGCCAGUGUGUCUGGUCUGCAGAGAUUCAGAAAAACACACCAACCACAGAUUCAGACCCAUCGAUGAGGCUGCUGGAGAACACAAGAAGAAACUUCAGGAAACUCUUCAACCCCUAAAAGAGAAGUUAAAUGUUUUUGAGAAAGUUAAAGUGGAGUUUGAACAAACUGCUCAACACAUUCAGAUCCAGACUGAACACACAAAGAUGCAGAUUAAGGUGCAAUUCAAGAAGCUUCACCAGUUUCUAGAGGAGGAAGAGGAGGCCAGGCUGACAGCUCUGAGGGAGGAAGAGGAGCAGAAGAGUCAGAGGAUGAAGGAGCAGAUGGAGGCUCUGAGCAGAGACAUAGCAGCUCUUUCAGACACAAUCAGAGCCACAGAGGACCAGCUGAGAGCUGAAGAUGUCUCAUUCCUGAAAAACUACAAGGCUGCAGUGGAAAGAGUCCAGCAGCGCCCCCUGCUGGAGGAUCCACAGCUGCCCUCAGGAGCUCUGAUAGACCAGGCCAAACACCUGGGCAACCUGAGCUUCAACAUCUGGACCAAGAUGGAGGACAAGGUCUCCUACAGUCCUGUGAUCCUGGACCCAAACACUGCUAAUAUAGACCUCGGUCUGUCCGAAGAUCUGACCUAUGGGAGAUGGAAAGAUGAGCAGCCACUUGAUUAUGAUGACAGAACUGAUAUAGUUCCCUGGUCUGUUCUCGGCUCUGAGGGCUUUAAUUCUGGGACUCACAGUUGGGAUGUUGUAUUGGGAGACAGUUUAAUCUGGUCUCUGGGUGUUGUCGCAGAGUCUGUUAAGACAAAGAAAAACACUGAAGGUGGAUUGUGGAAAAUAAUAUUUUCUGUCACUGAAUAUAUAGCCUCCUCACCAUCAGCUCCACAACUAGUUCUCCCUGUCCAUGAGCAGUUCCAGAGGAUCAGAGUGAUUCUGAACUGGGAUGAAGGAAAGCUGUCGUUCUUUAAUCCUGAUACUAACACACACAUACACACCUUCACACAUGCUUUCACUGAGAGGAUGUUUCCUUUUUUUGACUGUUUUGAUGAACUGAUGAUUUUACCCCUUGAAGUCAGUGUGACAGUGGAAUAA